UGGACUUCAGGUAGAGUAUUAAUUUAUCAUUGAAGCCUUUUAAGUAUUUGGCUCAAAGUUCAGUGGACUGUCUAGGCGUGUUGCACAUGCAACGGUUCAGCAGUUCAGCGGUUCAGCGAUUUGUGUCAACAGUUAUAAUCAAUAAAGCGAGAGUUCUGGAAGUCCAGUGAGUCCUGUGAGUCCUGUGAGUCCCGUGCAACGACACUUGCUGUCAUUAGUUGCCGUUGCGAGUGCGAGUUGACAAGUUCAGCAUGAAAUUGGCACGGAAAAUAGUUCUGUGGAUUUUGCCUCUCUUUCUGCUAGGUUUCCUGCUGACCAUUAGCGAGGCCUAUUUGAACAAUGUGCGCGUGGAGGAGAUACCCUUUAAGCGAAUGCAGCCGCGUGCAGCCAGCCUGAAGGGCAAACGUCCAGGUGGCAUCCAUCUGAUCUCCAGCCUGGAGCAUCAGCGCACUUUUCUCCAUCUCUUUCAUGUGCCCUAUAUCAUUUGCUUCUAUGCCGCUAAGGGGAAAUGGCCCUAUGUGCCGGGAUUCAUGAAGACGCGCGUGGAUAACGCCGCCAAGAGUUUCUUUCAUCAGAAUGACAGUUUCAUCAAGCAAUUCUGCACCAAGUGGAUACAGGUGAAGGAGUGUUUCCGGCCCAUCUUUGAUAAAUCAAAUGAAACGGAACUGGAAUUGGAGGCGCAGAAGCAGAAGGAAAGCUGCAAUUGUGAAAAGCUGGUAGCCACGGAACCGCCAGUGCCCGUUGUCUACUUUGAUAAGAACUACAUUGGCAAUGUCAGUUCAGAGACCAUUUUGACCACCAUCGAGUUUCUUGAGAGUUUUCUGCCACCACCUACCAAAAAGCACAAGCGCAAGAAUCGCGUGCGUGGGCGCAUUGAUGAAAUGGAUAUUGAAUGAACACACUGAAAAGCAUUUUAUAAUAA